AACUCCUGUCUACUUGACAGCUGGUACUUGACGUAUCGAAAAACAGAGCAACGCGGAACGCGGUAACCGGUAACUACGUUCUGCAAAAGUGCAAACAAAACAAAUAGCUAAUUUAAUCUUUAUUACCAAUCGAGUUCUUUGUAUAGAAAACACUAACAACGUCCUUUGUUGCAAAUAAUAUUGAGUGGGAUUUCUUGUGACAAGUCUAACGCAGUUUUAUUGAAAUGGCUAACGAUCCUGAAAGGUUCGAUACUAUGCUGCUAGCGAUGGCCCAGCAGCACGAGGGCGGUGUUAAAGAUCUUCUUCACACCAUUGUCAGUUUCCUUUCAAGAAAAACUGACUUCUUUACUGGAGGGAAAGAUGGAGAAUGGGAAAAGGUGGUUAAAGAUACAUUCUAUGCCCAUGCUACAAAAGCUAAGGAGGCAGCAGAUAAAAUCAAGAGAGAAAAAGAGGAAGAAGCGAAAAGAUUGAAAGAUAUACAGGCAAAGAAAGAGAAGGAGCGCCUUGUACAAGACUUCGAGCCAGCUAAAGUGGUGGAGCUUACUGACCAAGAAGCAGAUAAAUUGCAAGCAGACAUUGAAAUGGAAAAGAACAAAACGAAAGAAGUAGGAAGCGGCGAUGGUGGCGAAAGCAGUGCUGAUGCCGACAAACCUGCAGAUGAAGAAGAGGAUGACCCUAAAGAAAAAGGCAAGCUGAAGCCAAAUUCCGGCAACGGUUGCGAUCUGGAGCACUACAGGUGGACACAGACUUUGGAAGAGGUUGAGCUGCGAGUUCCACUCCGACAAGUGCUGAGACCCCGCGACCUUACCGUGGUGAUCACCAAGAAGCACCUCAAAGUGGGCAUCAAGGGCCAGCCGCUGAUCAUCGACGGUGAGCUAGACGCCGAAAUCAAGAUGGAGGAAUCCACCUGGGUGCUACAGGAUGGGCGCAACCUGCUUGUUAACUUGGAGAAGGUGAACAAAAUGAAUUGGUGGAGCAGAUUAGUCACGACGGAUCCUGAAAUAUCUACAAAGAAAAUCAACCCAGAACCGUCUAAAUUAUCUGACCUGGACGGCGAGACCCGCGGGCUGGUGGAGAAGAUGAUGUAUGAUCAGAGGCAGAAGGAGAUGGGGCUCCCCACCAGCGAUGAGCAAAAGAAGCAAGACGUACUCAAAAAAUUCAUGGAACAACAUCCUGAGAUGGACUUCUCAAAGUGCAAAUUUAACUAAUUUAAGUUAAUAUAAUAGUGUCUUAUAAGCACAUUUUAUAUUUAUGUUCGUCAUGUUAUGGUUUAUUACUUUUUAAUGCCAUAUAUGUACAUUAAAUUACAUGCGAAUUUAGUUCCUUAUCUAUCACAAAAGUGCUGUAUAUUUUAAUUUAAUGAUACUUAACUGAAUCUAAAAUGACUUUAUUGCGCGUUUGUAUUUGUCUAUCUGAUCUGACUUUCUUUGAGGUUAUGUUGCACCAA